CGGUCGGCCUGAGCCUGUAGGGGGAUCCGUGUAUCGCGCUCCCGCUUGGCCUCCGGUGUGCCGCCCGACCGAGGAGUCCACAGCACACUCUAUCCGCAUCAGGAUACAGAUGGCUACGCCAGAGAGUUCUGACCAGGACCCUCUUUCUCCCGAUGAAAUACAGCCCCCGCUCACAGAUGAUGAGGAUGACGGAGACCAAAUUUCGGAUCAGGAACUGGAUAAAGAGGAGGAUCGGAUGAGAAUAGAGCCACAAGAAAUCCUUUCUCCAAGCCCCGACAGACAUUCUGAUGAAGAUGUGAAGGAGAUCAGUUCUCCUAAGCCUGAUUCUAGGCAUUCAGACGAAGAAGACCAUCUGAGUGAGUCAAAGUCCCAGGACUCGGAUAAUGAGCAGAUCCCAGAUGACCCGACCUCCCCCGAUCACAACGAAGAGGAGGAAAGAGCCGCGGAUCUACACGAUGAGGCCUCCUCCGUGACGCGAGAACUGGAUGAACAUGAACUGGACUAUGACGAGGAGGUGCCAGAAGACCCAACGGGACCCGCUCAAGAGGAGGAAGCCGAGAAACUGGCAGCUGACGAUGAAGAGGACAAGGAAAAAGAAGACUCUCCUACAGAUGACAAGAAGCCAAAUGGAAAAGAAGACCAGAAGGACGACGCUGAAGCCCAAAAAGAUAAAAAGGAGGAUGAUGACGGAGAAAUGGAUGAAGGCGAAAUAGAUGACGACGAUCUGGAAGAAGGAGAAGUGAAGGACCCCAACGAGAGAAAGACCAGACCGAGACUCACCUGCCGAUUCUUCAUGAAGGGUAACUGCACGUGGGGUAUGAACUGCCGCUUUAUCCAUCCCGGGAUGAACGAUAAAGGGAAUUACUCUCUCAUCUCCAUGCCGGACCCUUUUUCUUCAAACGGCACUCCUCAGCCUGUGACCCUUCCCUUGGUACCUCCAAACCCUUGGGGAGUUCCUGGCACGGAUGAGCUGCUUCCUCCACCUGUAGCAGAGCCCCCCGCGGAAAGCGCUUGGGAGAGGGGACUCCGGCAAGCAAAGGAGGUCCUAAAAAAAGCCACAAUGCGCAAAGAGCAGGAGCCCGACUUUGAAGAGAAGCGUUUAACGGUGACGAUAGGCGAGGACGAACAAGACUUCGACAAAGAGAACGAUUACUUCAGAGACUGGAAUUACAGAGUAACCAGAGAAGUCCGCGAAACUGGUACCGCCGACCCCUAUGCGGAUCCGUACUAUGACAUGGAAAUGGAUCGGUUCUGGCGUGGCGGCCAGUAUGAGAAUUUCAGAGUACAGUACACAGAGACUGAGCCGUAUCGAUAUCGAGAGAGAGAGCGUGAAAAGGAUAGAGACAGACAGCGGGACCGAGAGAGGGAACGCGAAAGGGACAGAGACAGGGAGCGCCGCCAGCGGGAAAGAGAGCGGGAGAGGGAGCGAGAAAGGGAAAAGGAGCGUCAGAGGCGGAAAGAAGAGUACGAGCGAGAGAGGACCAAAAAGGAUGAAAAGGACCGACAAAAAGACAGAGAGAAGGAAAAGGAGAAGGACAAAGAGAAGACCAAGAUAAAGUCUCCGCUCCUUCCCAGCCGUCCAAAUGAAGCGCCGAAGAAGGAGGCUCCGUCCCCAGCCUUGGCCGCCGUGAAUCCAGCUGCUCCAGCGGUAACCGCUGCCCCGACGGCCGCUGGUCCAGCGCAGGUUAAAAGAGCCGAUGAGUGGAAGGACCCGUGGCGGCGAUCCAAGUCCCCGAAGAAGAAGCUCGGUGCCUCCGCGUCACCAAGCCGAGGGAGAAGACGACGGCGAGUAUCUGGCUCGUCCGAUUCCGGAUCCAAUUCAUCGAGAUCAUCUUCUCAUUCUUCCUCGUAUUCUGGUUCGGGGUCCUCGCGUUCUCGAUCAUCCUCUUACAGCUCUUAUUCCAGUCAUUCUUCUCGCCAUAGCUCAUUUUCUGGAAGCAGAUCCAGGUCCCGAUCAUUCUCCUCUUCCCCGUCACCGGCCCCACUUAAAGGUCCCCCCAAGACCAAAGGAGAAGCUGCAUCUGUUACAGUGAAGGGGGAGAAGCAAAAUGCCAAGAAGCCAGCACCUGCCACCGCCCCGGCUGCAACCGCGAAACCUCCGAAGACCGUCCCGGAGCAGGCGAAACCCAGCGGGGAGAAGAGAGUCGGCCGGCAAAAAGAGACCAAGAGGAAAGCUCCACCAAGAAGACGGACAGUGAGCGGCAGUAUAAGCGGCAGCGUCAGCAGCUACAGUGGCUCCAGUUCCAGGUCUCAGUCUGGUUCCCGCUCCCUGUCCAGAUCUUCGCGUUCCACAUCUGCCUCCGUUUCACCCUCUCUUUCUGCGUCUCGGAAAUCCAGGUACGUCGAGCGUGGCUGUCCCAUUGGUCGGCGUAGGGGAGUGCAAUGCGAUUGGAUCUUGGUUAAUUACUUUUUACAGUACAAACGAGCUCUAUGUAUUCAUACAGCAAACUCACAAAGGUCUUUUUUUUUUCUUCCCUAUUUUCCUCCUGGUGACCCAACAAUCAGGAAAUCAAGAUCGCUCAGCGUCAGCAGUGUCUCGUCCGUCUCCAGCAUGUCGUCCAGCAGCAGCUCGGUGCGCAGCGCCGAUUCCGACGACAUGUACGCCGACCUGGCCAGCCCCAUCUCCUCCGCCAGCUCCCGCUCUCCGACCCCGGCCCAAGCCAAGAAGGAGAAAGCUACAGGUGAGAAGAAAAAGACUGAAGAGCCACGUGCAAAAGACGAGAAGCGCACACGUGACGCGGCUGCGCAGCCUCCCAAAACCGCCCCGGCAAAAGUCCCUAAGCUGCCGACCAGUAACAAAUCCAACCCGCAGGGUCCUGCUCCAACACCGGCCCCCAGCGGCUUCAGCGCACACAAGGACAUCAAACUGACGCUGCUGAACAAGGCCACCGAUAAAGGGAGUAGGAAGCGCUAUGAACCAUCGGACAAGGAGAGGCAGGAGUCUCCGCCUGCCAAAAAAGCAGCUCUUUCACCCGACAGAGCAAUCAGAGAUCGGAAGCCGGUUGGCAAACCUCCUUCGCCAAGGUCGGACCGCCAGAGAGCACCGAUCGCCAAACCUUCGCCCAAUCAGACAGACAGGAAACGUCCUCUGUCCCCACCUCCAAAAAGCUCGAGCAAAGUCACCAGUAUCCCUGGAAAAGGUCCCGAGGCCGUGCCGCCGGGCGCCUCCGCCAAAGGGAGCAAACCGAGCACGCUGUCCCGCAGAGAGGAGCUCCUGAAACAACUCAAAGCUGUGGAGGACGCCAUCGCGCGCAAGAGAGCCAAAAUCCCCGGCAAAGUAUAGCGCUGCCCCCCGCGCAGGUGGAAAGAGACUCUCGGUUUUAUACGUUCCGUUUGAGCGUGAAUACAGCCGUGGUGGAUUUGGGGGGCCGUGUCAUCGCCCCUCUUACCAUCUCCUUUAUUCUGGCCACCCCUGCUUUAGAGGACAUUUCCAGUAAGAGCCCGGUUUACAAACUUCUCUACCCAGUAUUCUGGUUGGACCAGACAAGAGGCAACUUUUAGCGGAAAGAAAGAAGACGAGGAGAUUAAAAUAUUAAAAUCUUAUUUGACGUGGUUUUGCCCUCUCCUGCUGUUUAUGAAUGUGUCCAGUUUUUUUGUUUUUAGUUUUUUUUUUUUCUUUUCUUUCCUAUGAAUUUUUUUUGUAGUUUCUCAGGCAGUCUUCGCUGUUAAAAAAAACAGUGAGCCGAGUCCCAGAAUUGGGUUUUACUCACCCCCUGAAUGCUGUCCCAAUCCGAACUUCAAAAAAAAAAAAAAACCCAGAAAAAAACCUAUAAAUAUAUAAAUAUUUUUCUCGAUUGGUUCUUGGUCGAGAAUUAUGCGUUUUUAUUUUUAAGGAAUAGGUUGUUUUAGUUGGGAAGGAAAGUGGGGGGCAUUAUUUAGUAACACACAUUAAAGCCAGUGCAUUGCUGUCUCUUGGGGUGUUUCUGUAGACAUGGGACAUUUUUGGGGGACACAGCAUACCCCCGGAAUAAAGUAUUUUGAUAAAACCUC